AUGUCUUCCUCCUCCCCCGAAGCAGAAAAGAAGCGCAAGCGUACCAUAACCGCCUCAGAAGACGAACUCGAAAUUGACGUCAAUCUCCCCGAACCACCGUCCAAAAAAGCCAAGCGAGCAGAAAAGAAGAAAGGGAAAAGUAACAAAUCCAAGACCAAGACUACGAAACCCAGCACCACUACCACCAACAACAACCAUGUCGCCACUUCCACAAACGACAACGCCGACCUCGAGGACGAAACCCCAGCACCACCUCCCGCCAACAAUGCCACAGGAAGAAGCGACUUCGGCAUCUGGAUCGGCAACCUCCCCUUCACCACCACCAAAGACUCCCUCCGCGACUUCUUCAAGACUGAGGGCAAGAUCGCCGGCGAAGAUGUAGUGCGCCUGCACAUGCCCGUCCCAAGCGAUAAGCGGGAUAAGGCGACAAAUAAGGGUUUCGCUUAUGUGGAUUUCUCCUCACAGGAGGUGUUGGAGAAGGCGAUGGCGUUGACGGAGUACAUGCUGCAGGGGAGGAGGGUGUUGAUUAAGAAUGCCAAGUCCUUCGAAGGACGGCCGGCUAAGGUGGCGGCUGGGGUGGAUGGUAAUGUUGGGAACGGGGUUGCUGGUGCGCAGGAGGGCGAGGAUGCAGCGAAGCCCAAGGAGCCGGCACGGAGGGUGUUCGUGGGGAACCUAGGUUUCGAUGUUACGAAGGAGGAUUUGGCAGAGCAUUUCGGUCUGGCGGGCGAGGUCGAGGAUAUUCAUAUGGCGACUUUUGAGGAUAGUGGCAAGUGUAAAGGGUUUGCUUGGGUGAGGUUCGUGGAGGCUAAGAGCGCGAGGGCGGUGGUGAGGGGGUUUGUGUACGUUAAAGCGGAGAGCGAGGAGGAUGAGAGUGAGGAGGAGGAGGAGGAGGAGGAUGGGGGUGCGGAGGAGGUUGAGGAGGAGGCAGGACAGGAUGAUGGCGAGGGUAAUGCGGUUGACAGGAAGAAGAAGAAGAAGAAGAAGAAUGGCAAGAAAAGUGGUAGUAGCAGCAGCCGGCGCAACAAAAAACAUCUCAACCGCCUCCACGGUCGCGACCUCCGCUGCGAAAUCGCCGAGGACUCCCAAACCCGAUAUAAAAAGCGUUUCGGCAAGAAAGACGAUCUUGCCAACGCCGAGCAGAACGGCAGCGAUCGCGCGCGUCCAGCUCGCUCGUUCGAUCGGCCGGCCUAUCGCAGCGCAGAUGGUGCUGCUACUGCCCCGUCUCAACGACAGCAAAGACCGGAUAAAGACCAACGACGUGAUGAUAGGAGAAAACGACAUGAUGCGCGGACUGUGGCGCCGGGGAAGGCGUUGGCGGAUGCGCCGAGGGCUACGGGGGCGAUUGUGGAGGGGAAGGGGAGGAGGGUUGCUCUUGAUUGA